CCGACGUACGGCGAUAUCAUCGCGACACGGCGAUCCUACGAAUGUUACGCACACAGUGCCGUUGGUUGGUGGUCGUGAUUCAUGUGUCGCGGGGAUCGUUCGUGGGUUGCGAAUAGUGGCGGAUACCCCGUGCUGUCGACGGUGGUGUUGUUGACGCAACGACGAGACUCCGUGUCGCCGUCGCUCCCGUGCGGUCCUGCCGUUAUCGCGCCCCACGACAAUUAUGUCACGAGGACAGCCGCGCUCGCGCUCGUGCACGACGCCUCAUUAAGAUCAACGGUGAGCGAUCAUCCACCGCCGCGAGUCGGGCCUCUUGUGGCGACGGCCGAGACAGAAGACUCGGCCCCCUCAGCUUGUUGACAGGAAUAUCGCAAAUAUUGCCCUCACGAUCGAGGCUCCGUCGGUGUGUCUGGCCUGGUCCGUCUGUCCGUCUCUCUCGCUCGUACUUUCCGUUUCCCUUUCCCCUUCUCCCUCCCUUGCUCCGUCUCACUUUCUCUCGCUCGCUCCCUCUCGCGCUUGUAGCCCGCUCGUCGUCGCUCUUCCCUUCAAUCGUCGAAAGCGCGCACCUUUAUAUCCCUGUCAGCCUCGGUAUAUCGCCUGCCGGAACGGAGGAACGAGAACUCACGAACCACGAAGAGCGGCAUCGGAGCGGUGUUAAAUGUGCUCGGCCGCGUGGUGGUGGAGGAAGAAGGGAUUAUUCGACAUCGGUCCUCACCACGUUGUCUCCGCGAGUGUCGUCCAGUGAUCGUACACACGUAUCACUCUCCUUCGCACACGGCGACGGUGUGAUCAUCGGCUCUGUUACCCGUAACGUAAAUGGGUGCCCGCCUCGCUUAGGAAGGGACAAGAGUUCAGAGGGCUGUGGUGGUGAUCCGUGCGUGUCGAUGCGCACGCGGCGUCGUGCGCUCGCCGAGCUAGCAUUCACGUCGGGACGGCGGGAUUUCUGAGGAGAUAGAGAGAGGUAUCUUCGACGCGCGCCCGAGACCUCGAAAACCCGACAUGAUGAAGAGUUCUCUGAUAAAGAAGGAGAGCAAGAUGCGCAUACGUGCUUUCCCGACAACUAUGGAUGAGAAGUAUGUAGAAAGCAUUUGGACUUUACUGAAGAGCGCUAUUCAAGAGAUACAGAAGAAAAAUAAUUCUGGCCUCAGUUUUGAAGAACUUUAUCGCAAUGCUUACACAAUGGUUCUUCACAAGUAUGGUGAACGAUUGUAUACUGGACUGAAAGAAGUUGUAACGCAGCAUCUUGAAAAUAAAGUACGAGAGGAUGUUCUUCGUUCCUUGCAUAACAAUUUUCUACAAACUUUAAAUCUAGCAUGGAAUGAUCACCAAACAUCAAUGGUGAUGAUCAGGGAUAUCUUGAUGUACAUGGAUAGAGUAUAUGUUCAACAGAACGAUGUAGACAAUGUGUAUAAUCUUGGAUUAAUUAUUUUUCGAGAUCAGGUGGUCAGAUAUGGAUGUGUUAGAGAUCAUUUACGAGAAACAUUAUUAGGUAUGGUUGCAAGGGAAAGAAGAGGAGAAGUCGUAGAUCGUAGCGCUAUAAAAAAUGCCUGCCAAAUGUUAAUGUUACUUGGAAUUAACAAUCGCCAAGUUUACGAAGAAGAUUUUGAAAGGCCUUUUUUACAACAAAGUGCUGAGUUUUAUAGAAUGGAAUCUCAAAAAUUUCUGGCAGAAAAUAGUGCAUCGGUAUAUAUAAAAAAAGUUGAAGCCAGAAUCUGUGAAGAAUCUGAAAGAGCGAAACACUAUUUAGAUGAAUCCACUGAAUCACGAAUAGUAGAAGUUGUGGAAGAAGAAUUAAUCAAAAUUCACAUGAAAACCAUUGUUGAGAUGGAAAACAGUGGUGUAGUGCACAUGCUCAAAAAUCAGAAAACAGAAGAUCUUGGUUGUAUGUAUAAACUAUUUUCAAGAGUGUCAGACGGAUUGCGCACUGUGUGCGACUGUGUAUCUCAAUUUCUUAGAGAGCAAGGCCGCGCUUUAGUGCAAGAAGAGCAUGAAUCAACAACAAAUGCCGUUCUUUACGUCCAAAACUUGUUAGAUUUAAAAGAUCGUUUUGAUCAUUUUCUACAUUAUUCUUUCAAUAACGACAAAAAUUACAAGCAAAUGAUAGCAUCGGAUUUUGAAUACUUUCUGAACUUAAAUCCUAAAAGCCCAGAAUAUCUCUCGCUCUUCAUCGAUGACAAAUUGAAAAAAGGCGUCAAAGGGAUGACAGAACAGGAGAUUGAAGGAAUUCUAGAUAAAACUAUGGUGUUAUUCCGUUUCUUACAAGAGAAGGAUGUAUUUGAACGAUAUUAUAAGCAACAUUUAGCCAAGCGAUUAUUGUUGAAUAAAUCUGUUUCAGAUGAUAGCGAAAAGAAUAUGAUAUCCAAACUUAAGACUGAAUGUGGAUGUCAAUUCACAUCCAAGUUGGAGGGAAUGUUUAAGGAUAUAACAGUCAGCAACACUAUUAUGGACGAAUUUAAAGAUCAUGUUCUUUCAUCUGGUACAAAUUUACAUGGUGUGGACAUAAGCGUCCGAGUGCUCACAACUGGUUUCUGGCCAACGCAGUCAGCAACUCCCAAGUGCAGUAUGCCUACUGCUCCGCGCGAUGCCUUUGAUGCCUUCCGGCGUUUCUAUCUGGCUAAACAUAGCGGUCGACAAUUAACAUUACAACCACAAUUAGGUUCUGCUGAUCUGAACGCUGUAUUCUACGGACCACGAAGAGAAGAGAGUAAUUGUGGAGGUUUAGAUACUCCUUCGUCGUCGAGUUCUAUUGGAAAUGGUAGUAGUGCAAGUGGUAGUUUAGUCAGCCAGAGAAGCAGUCUGUGUAGUACGCCACGAAAGCAUAUAAUACAAGUUUCCACUUAUCAAAUGUGCGUGUUAAUGCUCUUCAAUAAGAGGGACAGAUUAACAUAUGAGGAAAUUCAAGGUGAAACCGAUAUUCCAGAGAGGGAUUUGGUCAGAGCAUUACAAUCUCUUGCAAUGGGUAAAGCUACGCAAAGAAUUUUACUUAAACAUCCUCGUACUAAGGAAAUUGAAUCUACAAAUUGUUUUUGCGUGAAUGAUAGUUUUACCAGUAAAUUACACAGAGUAAAGAUCCAGACCGUAGCAGCAAAAGGAGAAUCUGAACCUGAAAGAAGAGAGACGCGCAAUAAAGUUGAUGAAGAUCGGAAACAUGAAAUUGAAGCAGCCAUCGUACGAAUUAUGAAAGCUCGGAAGCGUAUGCCACACAAUAUACUUGUAACAGAAGUAACAGAACAGUUAAGAGGUCGAUUUUUGCCUUCACCUGUAAUAAUUAAGAAACGUAUCGAAGGCUUAAUCGAACGAGAAUACUUGGCUCGUACACCAGAAGAUCGAAAGGUGUACACAUAUGUUGCUUAAUGCUAUGUUCAAUAUUGGAUGUGUACAAACAUUAUGCCAAAACAGUGGAGAACGAAUCUGUAAGAGAUGCGGAAUUUAACGGAUAAAAUAUGAACAUGAGAUUAAAUAAAAACGAAGAUCUUAAUAAAAUGCUGAGGUUCAAUUCAAAUAUAUAUUGCACAGAUUCAUGUUGUACCGAAGAAAGAUGAAUGAUUGGUGUUGU